GCGGUGAGCCUACUUCGCGCAACUAGCUCGCACCCAGAAGUUUGCGCGAGACCCGAACAUCGACCUUGCGGAGCAGCGGCUGCCGCGUUUUGUGCCUCGGUUUUCCUUCGCGCGAGAGACCGAAGCUGCACCUCCUCGGCAGAACUGGCGACGCUUCGGAUUUGCCGUCGAAAAAAGGCGCGGUCUUCCCCGGCGCGCGACGGACAGGAAACAUCUUGCGCAACGCGCUCCGGAACUGUCACCUCGUGUCCGGCUGGCGGCUGAGGUGUAUGUACACCCAGCAAUUCCCCGGGAUUUCCAGAGGCCGGGAAGCGCACACCCGCGGGAGUUCUGCUUGAACGCUCUCCUGAACUUUGGCGCCACAGAGAGACUUCUUCGCGUAGCUUUUUUCAGUGCAUGUCCAUCUCCCGUGAAGCAAGUCCCCCCUGUGAAGACACUGCGUCCGUCCUCGGAUCCUUGGCCGCGGUUUUCUCGGCUUUUUUCGCCCUGCCGCGCGAAAAAAAGCCUCGCGCGCUUCUCACCCAAGAGAAAAGAGAGAGGAGGCAAGCCAUCGUCCCGCAUGCCCGGACUCUUGCAGUUCGUCGUCCAGGCGUGCAUUCCCCUGCUUUUUCCGUCCGUUCUGAACGCGCCGCGCGCCCCCGCGUUUUCGCGAGCUCUCUGGCCGCCCAGCUGCGCUCGAGACUGCUGAGUUGAGGCUGCGAACAGCCUUCUUCGUCUGCAGACCUCUUCGGCUGACCACGCAGCUCUGCAUGCACCUGGGCAGAAGGACCUUUCAAGGUGCCGCGUCACGGGAGCCUUUGUUUGCGCCUCCCUCGUCCACGUCUUGCGUACAAGCCGGACUUUCUGACGAGCGUUUCUCACAUCGGAGGCCCCGGAAUCUUCACUUCCUCGUCGCUCGUUAGAAAACGAAAGCCUCGAAACACCCAGACGCCUCGCCCAGGACGCAUCUGGCUCAUUAGGGAACACACGCUUCGUCUUUCUGUCUCUCUACAGCGGCCGCCUUCCCCGCGUCCGCCGUCCGGGGAGAAAAGUGACUUGCAGGGCGUACACCAGAGCGAACAGACCCGAGAGCUGUUUCGGCGAGUUUCUGUGGGACAGACGCCCUGUCGCUUCUCUGUGAAUCUCUACGGGGCUCUCUCGUUCUCCCGUGCUUUCUUCUCUCGGUGCCUCUACCCUGUGGAAGGUUUCGUCCUUUCUCUCUCGACCUUUUCUCUCUCUCAACCCUCUCCGCUUCGGAUCUCCUUGGCACUGUUGUUUUCUUGUCGUCUCCGUCGCACCCGCGACGUUUCUUCGUUUCCAGGAGCCGACCUCUCCCCUCUCGCGAAAGCGAGAGCUCGUCUUUCCCCGGUCGACUGAGGUCUGCGCGCCCUCAUGCGUUUCCGCUCUGGUUGCUCUCUGCUUCCCGCCCGUCUCCCUCUUUUCCAGUAUCUCGGCUUCUUCCUCGCUUUUCUCUUCCUCAUUCUCGCGCGCCUCGCUCGCCGACACAGUUCUGGAGACGCCGAGACGGAGCGAGCAGCGGCCGAGGAGAACAAGAGCGCAAGCUGUUUGUGCUGCGUCGCCUUCUGCGAUGAGGCGUCUGUCGAUCUCUGCUGGGACUCCCAGUACGAAGGGCGGAGGAAAAGCUUGUGUCGUCUCUGCCUCGGACGUCCCGCCUUCUCUCUCAAGAGCCUCAGAGAGCCACCUUCCUCGCCCCAGAGAAGAACCUGCUCAGGCCAUCCCCGCGGCUCUCCCCUUUUCUCCAGCGUCCUCUUUGCCCGCGUCGCCCGGGAGCGGCGGCUCGGGUGUAUGUACACCUGACAGCCGGGGCCAGGCAGGCGCUGCAGGUGGGCCUCAGGGUGGGCGGAGAGGCCGGAAGUCGGUGCAGACAGUCAAAGCCGGACAGUCGCCGGCUCCGCUUGUCGCGGGGUCUCCCCGAGGAGAUCGCCUGCCCUGUCAGAAAGAAGAAGGUAGCGUCUCCGAGCAGAAGGACCUUCUCAGUGUCUCGCGUUGUUCUGCUUCGCCAGCGGGUCCGCCCUCUGUCGGCGCCGAAGCGCCUCUGAGCAGCCUCAGUCGCAGCCGGCGGCCGAGUGUCGCGGACGCUCGCUCCCCGCUUCUGGCCGCUUCCGCGGCGGUUCCCUCCGCCACGAGCGCCUUGCGGCCCUCGCGCGCCGAAACUGUCUCCUUGACUGGGGCGUCCCCGCCGCCCGCGGUCGUGGAGCCCCAGCCAGCAGGCGACGGGAUCGCGGAGAAGGCGUCGAGCGGUCGCACUGGAUCCAGCGAGGAGGACCAAGACGCACCAGGUGUCUUCUCCCAGCGCGCCUCGAGGUCGAAAGAGGACGGCCGAGACGUUGCCUUGCUGGGCGGCCAGGACGAGCGAAGAGAGGAGUUGCGAGAGGAGCGGGGUCGCGGACGGCGACAAGGGAGCGUCGCUGAGAGCAGGCUUCAGGCACCCGCGUCGAAGACAGAGAGAGAAGGAAAGAAAGCAGAAGCCGACAAGAAAGAGGAGACCGGGAAAUCGACGGGUCGCCAGCGACUGCCGCCCAGCCGGUGUCGACACCGGGUGGAAGAACCGCGGUGGGAUGAAGAAGAUGAGAGUGAGUUGUCUGAAUACGCUGGGUCCGCGUCGGGAGUGAACGCCGGUUUUCCUGGGGCCGAGAAGUUGGAGAAAGAAUGUGUGAGAAGCCGAGAAGAGAAGCGGCGACGCCGAGACGAGAAGGGCAACGAGACAGGCAGUCCGCAGCCGGAACGCGGGGGCGAAGAAGACGCACGGGGGGCUAUGAGACACGGAGAAGCAGGAAAGGAUCCGGCGGCGGACGCAAGCGGAGACGCGCGAGAGGGGGCACCACUUCCGGAGCAAGCUGACAGCGAGAAAGAAGGCGCGGAGAAGAAGGCGAGACAACAGCCCGGUCGAACUGAAGAGAGUCGAGGGAAGAGGGAGAACGCGAGGGGGGAAGAAGAGCAGGAGGAAGCGGAGAAAAAGCGCGGCAAGAAGGAGGACCUUCGAAAGAAGAAGGUCUCCUCCGUCAGGCGGCCAGACGAAGAGAAGGAAGAGACAGAGGUCGAUGUUGUCAUGACAGAUGCCAACGAGGCGGAGAGAGAAGCCGUCCACGCAGAGAGGCGGGAGUCGGCAGAGUCUGGAGAAGGCGCUGAGGCCCGCGAGGAGAAGAAGCGCCGCGUCGAAGGCCGGGAGCCUGCCAAGCUCGAAGAGGCCAUGGGAGAAGCCCGCGAGGCGCAAAGUGACGGACGAAGAGAAGAAGACGGAAGAGGAUCGUCUCCAGGUGAAGCCGAGGGUCCCGAGGGCCUUGAUCGAGACUCUCACGGCGUGUGCCGGGGGAACCUUGGAGGGGAUCGCGGGCGGAACAGCCAUGCGGAGAAAGAGACGAGUGAGUCUCUGCUGGGUGAGACGGCGAAGGCGGCGAAACAGCUUGAGGAGCGCGAGGGUGGGCGGGGCUCUGAAGUGCAACAGGAGAACGAAACAGAAAAAGGUGAGCGUCGUCGCGGACUGAAAAGCGACGGUCGAUCGAAAACAGGACUCGGACGAGACGCAGACCAUGGGAAAGCCACACGACGAUCAGAGAAACCCCCCGAAGAAUCUCGCCAACAGACCUCUGCUUCACCUUCUUCAACUUCAUCUUCUUCUUCGGCUGCCGUUGUUGGAACUGAGAGUGAUGCGUGCGACGCAUCUGCAGAGAAGAAAGAACGAGGAGGUUCGCCAGGACGGGCGGCGCUGGCUGCACCAGCCGCAGACAGUCUGCAGGUCUGCGACGCGGAUCCUGCCUCCGCAUGCGUGGGCACAUUGAAGAGAACAGGUGAGUGCUCAGCGGAAGGCGACGAGGUCGCUGCCGUCCAGUCUCACGGAAAGGCGCGAUUGGGAGAGAAGCGGGAGAUCCCCCAAGGCGCGGUGGCGGGCCUUGACAGCGAGCGCCGGAGAAAAGGCGAGAGAAAAGAAGCUCGAGAGUCGAGCCUGAGCGUAUCCGGCAGUCGGAAGAUACAGGAUGCCUAUCUCUCUGAGGUCGCGGCUGAAGACGCGGACCCGGGGGACCGUCUCGCGGCUUCAGAGGUGAAAAGUUCUGCGUCCUCGGAGGCUCCAGCCUCGCCCGGCACCGCGCGAGAAGAUGGCGCGUCGCGUCUCGCUGCGACGAGCCCUUCGCGGUCGCAAGGCGGCGGAGCUUCCACAGUGGCGACGCGGAGCUCUUCGCGCAUCGCCGCAAAGACCCAGGUACCGGAACCUGCGUCACGGCGCGAAGAGAGGGAAGAGAGGAGACAGAGAGAGGAUAAGCUCUGGGAGCGAGUGCAUAGACGGAGAGACUCAGAGAAGGAGGAGAAAGGCGGUGAGAUCCGAUACGAGAGAGAAGAGAAGAGCGGGGAAGAGACAGAGGCGAACACAGAGGACGCGAAGAAAGGGGGCGAGCGAUCGUCGACCUCACCGGAGUCUGAGCUUCUUCCCAGCCGACAGAAAAGCUCCUCGGACUUCAAGGGACCUGUGAAGGGAAGCCGAAGAGGCCCUGUGACUCUCUUCUCCGAACCUUCUGCGCCGCCUGCGAACGACGAGCCCAGCGACGCAGGAGGCGCUACGCCCUCGAGCGAGGCGAAGCUCGGGACUGGACGCCCGAAGCGCAGCGCCUCCGCGAAGGCUUUUUCGGCCGAGAAGGUGAAUCGCAGUCGGAAAGCUGCGUCCGAGAAAGAGGAUUCGGGUGUACACACACCGCAGAACUCGAGCGACGCGAGUCGCCCGCGAGCGGAGAGUGCGACUGAAGCCGCGCCGCGAGGCCCAGAGGGUCCGGGCACCUCUGACGACCCAGCGGCCGGCGUCGUCGUCUCAGGUUCGGAUGACCGCGCCGCAGGGUCUGCGUCGAAGCAGAGACCGCUCGACUUGAUGUCGCCGACGCGGAGCGCGGCGUCUCCUCUCGAACGACCCUCCGCGCCUGUCUCCCCCGUCGCGGAGGCAGUCUCCUCGGCAUCUCCGCUGGCGUCUCAGCGCGAGGCUGCGCCGGCGCGGAGAUCUGCGCGACAGCAGCAGCGCCAGGCGGCUUUAGCUACCUCGCUGUCGAGAUGUCUGGAAGGCGACGGAGCUGAGUAUGUGGAGGCGCAGCCGCGGUCGAGCAAGGAGGGCCAGGACUCUCUGAAAGACAUUGCUCCCAGGGUCGCCGAUGCCGCGGCCUCGUCGCCGGACUCGACGGAGGAAACGCCGGGCUCGGACGCGUCCGCCACCUCGGCAGAUCCCUCGGGAGGCGCUGCGGAGUCCGGGAGACGCGGCGGGCGCGGCGGCUCAGGCUCUGGAGCCUCAAGCGGCUGCGGCGCGGCAGUGGAGACACGCCGGAGCUUGCUGGGCCUCACCAUCACGAACUCGCCAUACUGGAGCAGGCCAAGUACGCACGGCAGCGCCGCGGGAGGAUCUUCGGCGAGCGCCAGAGGAAGCAACGGGGACGCGGCGAAGGCUGGGAAGGAAGGACGAGAUUCGGAGACACAGGCCAAAUCUGCAGGCUCUUCGCUUGCAGUCCGCCCGAGGCUGCGACCGGGAAAAGCCUCGAACUCAGCCUCUGGGCCGGCAGGAGACGCAGGCGCUUCAGGGACGCUGCCGUCGCGGCGCGGUCCUGGCGCAGCUGCAUCUCCGUCAGAAAGAGCCUGCGAGAAGAAGGCGGAGAACCGAGAGAGUGGAGAGGAGCACCGAGAGAGUGGGGAGAGGGAGAGAGAGCUGAAGAGAGAGGCAAGUGACGAGAUGGCGAAGAACGGCGGGUGCCGGCGAGAAGACGUGAGGAAGGCGAGGCGAGGAGAAGAAGAAAAGAGAGGGAAAGCCGAUGAGAGAGAGCGACGAAAGGCGGAGGAAGACCUGGAGAAGGAGAGCCGGGAGCGCGGGGCGAAGAAGGCAGGGCAUGGCUCCGGCUCGGGGACUCGAAGCGGCCUUUUACCUCGGCUGCGGACGCGCGGCUUUGGGCGAGAAGAGCAGGGAGAGAACACGGACGGAGAAAACGAAGACGCUGGGCUGUCGGGGACACAACGAAGAGAUUUCCUGCCGACGCGAGGCACACAGUCCGCGAAGCGGAGCCGCCGAGCAGCAGAGGCGAUGGCCGCCGUCGCUGCAGGCGCCGCCGCCGCAGCUCGCGAGCGGAGACGUCAAGGGAGUACGAGACAUCUCGGAGACCAGCGAGAAGAAGAGGGAGGAGAAGAAAGAGAAGAAGAGGGAGAAGAAGAUCGCAUCAGUUUCUUCCGUCACGAAGGGGCUUCGUCCCCAGAGAGCAGGCAGGAGUCUGCAGCUCUCCUCGGCUUCAGCAGCACAAGCAUAAGCCGAGACACAUCGCCUGAGAAGGACGACGGUGGCCUGCGGUCGCGGCGACUCUCUGUGUCCUCGCUGCAGAGAGAAGAAGAGAAGACGCGCGGAGAGGCGAGGGAGACGCGGGCGUCGAAGGCCCGCCGCAGCGCGGUGGCAAGAGAUGAGGCCGAGAAGCGAGAGGGUGAGAGCGAGAAGAAGGAGGAAACUCAGGUGACCGAGGAGUCGCAGAAGGACGAAGGAAAAGAAGACUUGAAAGAGCUGGAGCGCAGAAGAAGGCGACUCACUCGAGGGCGAGAGGAAGAAAACGAAUGGCCCAAGUUUGGCCGUGGUCGAACGCGGCGGGCCUCUCUGCUCUCGUCGGCUUCGCUGUCGAGACACGGGAACGGCUCCCGCGCUGCUGCGGCUGGGGGAGACGAGCAGGAGGCGUAUGAAGAACUCAGACAGAAAUCGCGCGAAGAAGAGAAAGAGAUGAAAGAGGCAACGGAGAAGGACAAAGGCGAAGCAGGUGGAGAGACGGAGGAGCACGGAGAGUUGUCCUCUUCUCCGGUUGCGGUGGCACCGCGCUCGACUCGGGGGUUUACCUGCGUGAAGAGACAGUCUCCGAGUCUGGGAGAAGCUUCGCGGCUCUUGGACUCCACAGAAGGCGAGGAGAAGCGAGAGGGAGAAGAGAAGAAAGGCGAGGAGUCCGGGAGUGAAGGACCGAGCGUCUCUCCCUCUCACGGCGUCCGUGCUGCGUCUCGGCAGAGCAAACACGAGGCUAGUCGCGAGUCUGGGGACUUUGAGCAAGACGAGAAAAAGGGAGAAGAAGCCGAUCCGGACCCUGGAGACGCCGCCUCGGCGGAGGAGCGAGGGCGAGGGGAGGGAGGCUUGAACAGAGAAGGAGACAGAGAGGGGGACGAGGGAGAGGGUGGAGAAGAAAUCGAGAAGAAGGAAGAGAAAAGUCUGGCAGGGACGGAGGAGAGAGAGACCGAGACUGGCGAGGGACGCGAUGAUGCAAGCGCGCCGUCUGCAGACCGCGACAGGCACAGCCAAGAAGACAGACACGAGAAGAGAAAAGCGAAAGAAACAAGCGCGGACAGACCAGCAGAUGGAGAGGAGAAAGACUCUGUGGCCGACGGGGUCGUCCGUAGAACCGGGACGCGACUGUCUGCUGCCCGACAGAUGACACCGAAAAACGAAGAAGGCGAAUCCGCGGGAGCGAAAAAAGAUGGAAAACAGGCCGAAGAAGGCGGGGGAGAGGUGACCGCAUUCAAAGCAGUUAUUGCCAAGCUCGUCGCCUUCAACGAAGCCGAUAAAGUUCGGUACCCGCAGUGGUACACCGGCCCGGUCGGCGCCUUCGAACCGCGUCACAACCAGCUGUGCUGGUGGCGUUUCCGUGUUCAGGCGAAGUACCAGCCGGGCCGAGUAGUCAUGGACUUCAAUGAAGAAAUUCGUUGUGGACGCCUGACGGAAGCAGUGAAGCAGCAGCUCUUCGUGACUUGCGUUCGCCGAACACACGGCACUGGGUCGGCGCAGCAUCUCGUCUGUCGCAGCAACACAGACGAGACUGGCGGACCUGCAGAACCACCGCAUAUCGGAGACAUUGUCAUUGUGCAGAACCUCGAAGAUCUCAAAUUCUCUGUCUGCAACUGGAAGGUCACGAAGCCGCUGCCGUUCCCAGCUGGAGAAAUGCAGGUUCGCCUGGAGAGGGCGAGCGGCAGCGCGUUGGGCGUCCUCAACUCUUUAACGCGAGCCAAGAAAUUCUUGCAAAUCCGCGAAAAGUACAGUGGUCUGCAGUUCGGCUCUGUAGAGUCCCUGGAGAAGCAGCUUCUCGACAUCCUUGCGCGUGAGCACCUGAAGCCCACCCUCGAAAUUGUCGCUCAUCUUCAACAGGUGGACGUCGGUCACGUCCUGCAAACGUACACCUCGAUGCCCCCAGGCUGGGAUUGGACGGCUUUCCAGAAGGAGCAAGAUCGCUUGGUGGCGCAGCGGAGGCGCGGGAAGGCAGAUGCGUCUGCUGCGUUGGAGGACGAGUCCGCGCCUUCCGAGACCAGUGGUUCGACAGGGCGUCUCGGGCAGGCGCCUGCUUCUCCACCCUUCGGUUCGUCGUCUCCGUUCUCCUCCUCAGCCUGCACAGCGCGCAGUUCCGGUGCGAAGGCUGGCGCGUCUGGGCGCGAGGACGCGGCCUUUUCCGGUGCGUCCUCUCUCCGAUCCGCUGUAGGCGACACCCCGACCAUGUCGACCUCGACUUUCUCUGCGCCCUCUGCGUCUCCGCGCCGAGUUGUCUACGCGACGCUUCCGCCACACAUCGCUGCGGCGCGCGCCCGCGUGACGCUCGGGGCUGGAGGCGCAGGUCCGUCUCUCCAGGCGAUUCCUGUCCUCUCUUCGCUCACCCAGUCGCUCGCAUCUUCCUCGCUCCUCGACGACGACUCGCUCUCGCUCCUCGCCGACCUCCCUCCGAGUCACCCGCUGUUCCUCAACUUGCUCAACCAGAGCAGAGAGCCGCCGACGCCGCGCGCCGACGCGGUCGUCGGCGCGCUUCCCGGCUUGAGCGGCCAGUGGAUUCGCAUGUUGAGUCAGUUGAUUCUCCGGCGAGACGCUCUGCUGCACCUCCUUCAGCCGGUCUCCCUCGACCUCCUGCACAAUCCGACGCGCGUCUUCGGUCCGCUCCCCGCGCUCUUGCCGCCAGAUCUGCUCCUCCAAGUGAGUCUCGCGACCGGCGACGCAGGCCCAGCGUGUCACCUUCUGACUGCGAAUCUCUACCUCGCCAGACUCGCAGACAACGCGGCCGUUCGGACGCUCGACCCCGCGCAGAAACGCAUUCGGGUGCUCCAGAGCAGCCGCGCGGAGACCGCAGAUCGGUCGAGCUUCGCAGAAAGGCUCCUCGGCGCGCGAGACGAAAAACGAGCGAGGAAGUGGAGUGCCGAACGACACACAGACGCCGAGAAACCGCACCGGCCAAAGAAGAAACGAAGACGCGACCCCAACGAACCCCCCAGAAGACGCGGAAGACCGCCAAACCGACUUCGCUUCGCUUCAGGCGACGUCUCGUCUUUCGCUGCUCGUGAGACGUCGGCGGGUCCUCAGUCCUCCUCUGCACCGAAGGGUCCCUCUUCUUCCUCUUUGACUUCUUCCUCUUUGUCUUCUUCCUCUUGGUCUUCUUCCUCUUCGUCUUCUUCCUCUUCGUCUGCUGCAUGCGCUGCAUCUCUGCGUCGCUCUCUGUUGCUGCCGGCGUCGUCUUCUUCCCAGUCGGAGAACGCGCCUCCAGUCUCCUACGAGAUGGGUCACUCGAUCACCUUCUCUGUGGGCCUCACGUACGGCCGAUUGUUUCUGCCUUCUCUCAUCUCGGAGUUGUCUCCGAAUAAACGCCGAAGUGUGCAUGGACGGUGCAGCGACGACGAGGUUUCCGAGACGGAGCUGCUCGAGACGCUGGACCGCCGGUCGCGCGCCAAGAGGCUCUUCGAUCGGCAAAUUACAUGCGCGCCGUGGAUCGGGUGUUGCCCCAGUCAAAGCGCGGAACUCGCUGCUGCUCUCGCGCUCGGUACAGCGAAAACAGAGCCUUCGUCGUCGAGUCUCUCGUCAUCUUCGGACCUUCUUGCGUCUUCGGCUGUCUCGCAUGGGGAGAAGUGGACGACGGAGAGGCAGGAAAGGACGCUGGAGGCAGCGAGGCCUGCAGGAGAGGAGACGCCAUCCGCGGGAGAGAAAGAAGAUGCGCGGGAGAUGGGAGGAGACACGAACGAGACGGCGUUUCGGGAGGCUGCAAGUCUCGAGAGAGACGCGCCCGGAGAGCGAGAAGCCGUGGUUCGAGAGGAGCAAAAGACAGAGGAAGAGCAGGCGAAGGAAAGCGUCGCAAAAGAAGACAAGAAGUUGAACCAGUCUCGCCACGCUAACUCCGGAGACGCGCCUCCUUCAUCUCUCGAAACUUCUUCCCUGGAUCGUUGUUUCUUGCGGGAGGUUUCUGCUUCGUUUCCGGCGAGAGAAUCCGUUUCCGACAAGUCGAGAAACGGCGAGCACGAAGGCGAGAAGCGGUGUCGGAAAGAACUGGGAACGGUUCGAGUCAAGAAGCAAAUGACCCUUUGGUCGAGCUGGGGCCUGGCGAAGAAGCGCGAGGACCCACCUGAGAAGAGCAGUCAGUUGACCUCGUUGUCGAAGCCUAGGCAAGAGCCGUCGAAGUCGAUUCCGGGUGACGACAAGCAGGAAGCGAACAGAGCGUCCUCGCAGCGGUCUUCACUCUCAGCGCGCGGCCUGGGAGACCAGGUCUCGCUGGACAGUGGCGCGCAGCAAAGCCGCCUGCGAGCGACGCUCCGUGUGGGUGACGAGAAAGCCGUUGACGAGGAAAGAGAGACGUCCGCGAACGUCGAGGCAGGAGAAGGAGAAGCGGCAAGCGGGCACAAGGUAGGGAAGCCGGAGGGAACGAAGACUGAUGGGAUUCGAGGAGACAAUCCGGGAGACGAGAGACGAGCAGGAGAGGAAGCUGGUUCGUGGAACUCAAAUCUCAUUUUCUUCUCGCCGCUGAGCGUCUGUUCACAGGCAGAUGGUGAAGAGCAGAUAGAGGAAGAGAGCCGAUAUUCGAGCUGUCUCGCUGGAGAGAGUUGCGCGAAUGUCGAGCAGGAAAGAGUCAAAGGUGAGAGAGGAGACGCAGAGUCCGCUCGACACUCGCCAGGGCAAGCGAAGCGCGCGAGAGACAUGCCGGAAGGAGACCGCCAGCACGAAGGAGAACAGAAAAAGUUCCUCGACUGUGUUCCACUGGCGGCCGCGGAAGCCUCUGGAGUCUGGAGUGACAUCGCAGGCAAGACACAGAAGACGCCUGCCUCGGAGGCCCCCCGAGGGCGCCCGGAUGAGAAGACAGGAGACGCAGAGGAGACGCGCAGAGUCGCGGCUUGCUUCUCUUCGUCGCCUCUCUGUCGCGCCGAGCACGAGCUCUUCAGUGAAGGCGAAUCGGAGCUUCAAGCGGCGAUGCGUCUGAGUGUGAGUGACUUCGAGGAAGAAGAAGAAGGCGACAUCUUGAGGAAGGAAGAGCGAGAGGUUCCCGGGGUUGCGUGCGACCCGGCCAGGCCUUCUGCGUCUUGCGCUGCAGCUUCGAGUCCAGCUGCGAAGGAAAGGGAAGACGAAGGAAGGUCAGGCGUCUCCGAAGCAGCUCGCACUGCAGACAAACGGCUCGAGAGACCCGGUGAAUCGACGGAGAGAACACAAGGAAGAGAACGAGAGAGAUCGACUGGGAGUGGAGGAGAUGUAGCGGCGGAGGAGGGGGACGAGUGGGAUCCGAGGCCGCCUCUGUCUCUCGCGCGGUCUGCUGGUCUGAAGGAAGAGAAGUCGAGAGAUAGAGACCAGAGAGAAAGAACAGAGGAACGCAGAGAAGGGAAGUAUGCCCGCGAAGGCGAUGAGACUCACCGAAAGAGACAGACUCGUCGAGACUCGGGGAGAGAACUGGAGAUGCCGAACGCCAGUCGGGAGCCGCGAUUCCCCUUCUGCACUCCGGGACCGUACGAAAGUGUCAACCUCAAUCUCCUCUGCCUCCAUAACAGCUGCGACGACGAAGAUUUCCUCCUCAGGGUGGCUCUCGAAAAGGUCUCCUCGAAGCCGCCGCCUCUCGACGAAUUGGAACGGUGCUUCACCACCCACGGUGAACGCUUUGAUCUUCACUGGCUGGAUCGGCGCCUCGCGAAUACGCAGAAACUGCAGAAGCUCCAACCUGAACUCGUGCGUCUCCUCACUUCUUAUCGAACUCGAAUGGCAACCGCUUCGCGACUCGCUGCUUCCUCUUCUUCUGCUCCUCCCGCUCCUUCCGCUUCUGCCUCCUCGUCUCCGUCUUCCGCGUCGGCUUCUCGUUCUGCUUCUUUUUCAGGUUCGUCGAGGUCGACAUCGUCUGUGGCACCGGCUCCUCGCGCGUCCUCUUCGUUUUCUGUCGCGCGACUCGCGGAAGGCCUGGGAGCGCGAGAGAAGAGUUUCCAGACGCUGAAGGAGAAGCAGGAGGCAGGGGCAGUGCUGCUGCGACAGGCGCUUCGUCUCUUCGCGAAAGAAAAGGAGCAUCUCUUGCAGAAGCGCGCCAAGUGUCGUGAAAAGCGAGAGAAGGACGGUCCGCCGUUGUCCAGUUGGCUGCCGGCUGUGGAGACGCUGCGAACGAAGAAGCGAAGCGACGACGCGGCGCUUCUUCCUCGACUCCAGCCGAGCUACGACUGGCAAGUCGAGGCCCUCGCUGCUCUCCCAAACCGCUCGCUUCCCGCAGACAACGAGGCAAGAAAAGGCGAACGAGAAGAUGCACGGAAAGAUGAGCAGAAGGAAAAAGAGAUCCCCGUCGAAUUCGAGGCUCUCUUCAACACUCUGCGCAUCCUCGCCAAGCAAAAGGUAUCCAGUACCCUCCCCUCGUCGAGUUCUUCUCUUUCUUCUUCUCUUUCUUCUUCUCUCCCUUCUCCUCGGUCUUCGUCUUUGUCUGGCGUACGUUGUGCGGGGUCGGGUGCUUCGGGAGGCGAAGGCAGAGAGGGGAGAGCAGGCGACGAAAAAGGCGAUAAGGGAGCUGUGUCGCCAGACUCUGUAGAAGGAAAUGCAUGCGAGGAUCCGGAGAAGCGCGAGCGCGAAGAAGAGAGGAGUGUGCGCGAGGCGCUUCUGCAAGAGGAGCUGAAGGAGAUCGAAGAGUGGAGACAAAUCUUCGUGGAACUCUUGAGCAUGCAGCCAGGGACGCCGAAGAAUCCGCAUGUUCUUCGAGGUCCAGUGGACGGUUUCGCGGUGCCUGCUCGCGGUUGAGUUUGAGUUUUUCUCUUGUCUGUUCCAUUUUUUUUUCGCGUUCAACGUCUGUUUGUCCUUUCGUGGCGACUUGUCUGGGGCGGGAGUGCGUCUUUGUUUGUUUGAAAGGACCGUCCACUGUCCACGCGUUAUCGCGGGGGUGUUCGCAGAUUCAGCCCCCGUCUCUCUGUCUUCUCUCAACUUUUUGCGACAUCUUUCUUCCCUUCGGAGACAGCUCCGUGUGUCUUGUGUUGGGGAAAGAGUCAAGUAGCUUUUUCGUCUUGUCAUUUUCCGUGGCGUAGCAAGAAAGGAGAGCAGCGCAGGAGAAGCGCAGAGACAGGAGAGACUGGGGGCCUCGCGUCCGUUCGCGCGCAUCCCCGCCGAGUUCUUUGUGGGUCCAAUCUCUCGGCUCGUUUGUCCUCUGGGGAAUAUGGAACAUCUCACGUUUUCCGCGGCCUGUGCAGGUGCUCACAUUGCGUUUUUACUGUCGCGCGCCUCUCGCGCGGCGUCUCGACUCUUCUUGGCAAGCGGUUCCUGCCGCAUGGCGUUUCGCUGCUGGUCAACCUUCCCUUAACUCUUGGCGCG